AUGGCGACUGAGCUUCCGUUUCCACUAUAUUCGGGGUUCUUUCCGCAAGUGGUGCUUACAAUAGAUGAGAUUAUGCACUACCGACGUUUAGGUAAAGAACGGGUAUCUCAGUUAAUGCGCAUCAUUGACGACGCGGACUGCAUCUACCGCUGGACGGAUUUAAAGGCCCGCAACAAUCGCAUCGUUCAAAAGGCGCAGUUUUGGGAUAUCCAACUGAAUACGAAACAGCCGACAGAUGAAAUACUUGAGGCUAUUGCAAAGGUUAAGACACGAGAUGCACGACGAGCUUCGAGUUAUUUGUACGGUGACAACGUGGUGGAUACGCAGACACUAUUGACCUUUCCAACAUCAUCGGAACAAACAAAACCAAACUACUCAUAUAGAGCUGUGAAAUGGUGUCUACUUAGGAAUAAGAGAAAAGAGACAUCAACAAGGUUAGACUUUUGUUACUUGGAGUAUGCUGGUAAGAAAAAGGAUCGUUCUGCUCCUAACAGUGUCGUUGGUUUCUGCAUUCAAGAAUCAAUUGCAAAAGAUCGAGAAGUACCGACAUUAGAAAGAUAUGACAUCUUACGUGGCCAAUUUGUACGCACCGGUUUCUUGAUUACGAAGACACGCCAAACAAAUAUAUUAAAAGUCACUGCUAUUGCACAAGUGGAUGGUGCUUUGGAAUCGGCAGCUGUGAGGGUGGCAAUGGAGGAAAUUAUGGUCAAUUAUGUUACAGCUGUGCAUCGUGUUAAAGGAUUGUUAGAACGCCAACGGAUGGGGAGAUUGCAGUAUCUAGACGAAUGGAACUGGGUGUCCUCAAAGGAGCGUAAGGCAUGUGCUGUUUGUCUACGUAGCUUUUACUUUCAUCGGAAAUAUCACUGUACCACGUGUGGUGAAGUCGUAUGUUCGACAUGUGCGCCUUUACGAGAGCUGGAUGAACCACUAAAUGAACAUACACAUUCGUUGCGCGUUUGUUCUGUUUGUAUGGCACAAGCAGGUAGUCGCGCAAGCACCAGCAUGUUUUCCGGAGUUACUCGAAGCGAAGAUGGUUUUUUUGAAUCCACAACACAGACGACCAAUAUAAAUACAGACACCUACAUGAAUGGCUUACGCUAUCCGAAGCAUCGAGAACUACCGAAGGAAGAAUCGCUGCAUCAUUCAACUCUACGGUUCACACCAGAGCAUUCGCUUUGGCAUUUCUCGGGCUCUAGUCACAGCAGUAAUCACCACGAUGGAUACAAACGCGAGUCUGACGGCAACUUACAAUACCAGCGCACAUCAAUCGAGUCUAUACCGAGGGGACGAAAUUCUACGACUUUGCAGAAUUUAAAACUGACCUCACGUGCAGUGUCGACUGAAGCGAAAAGAAAAGCCGUAACACGACUGGUUGAGAAUGUGAGACAGAUUUGUGACACGAUUAAUGUGGCGAUUCUGGAGGCAGAGGAAGAAAAUGAACGUCAUAGUAUGAUGCUUCAGAAUGGUCAAAGAGACGACAUCGAAGCAGAGCGGUAUGAUGAACUUUAUGAUUGUUUAAUUAAAAUUAGAGAAUUGCUGGACACCUCUAGCUCGGACAUCGAUGAUGCACUUGUGUCAAUCGGUGGCAAUAAAUUAAGGCGUCCGUUAUUGGAUCACUCGAAUGGAGCCCUCGCUUUGAGUUUCACGAAAGAUGUAAACAGCACGCAUUCUAGUGAGUCGAAAAGUGACAGGCUUGAGCUUCAUUCGCCACGAUCUUCGCUUCUUUCAGCCUCAGCUCGAUCGCUGGACCACCAAAAUGCGGGCGAGCCCUUGCCAUCACCAAGACCGACACAGCUAAACGUUGCGGACGACUCGCGUCUGUUAGCACAGGCAAUUCGAUGGGCCCGUCAACCCGAACCAACUGUCAGCACUCACUUGAAUGAACCUGCAUCCUUACUAAUUGAACCUGCUGUCGCAAACUUGAAGAGUCCAAGGAUUGAACGACUUGCACGAAAAAUCGGUCGGCUUUGCCAACGCCUCGAGACUGUGCAGCGUGAGAUCGAUAUCCCACUCGUUAGAGAAAAGAAUACUGAAGACGAACCGGAACCUGAGAACCAAGUGACGUCUGAUUUUGUACAAAAGCCACAUCAAGCGAUUGCGAGUACGUCAAUAAAAUGCGGAUCUUCUGGUCCUCGAGCUCCUCCCGAUCUCGUGGCCAGUUUGCGUGGCGUGAUGAACUCAAGUGAGCUGACGCAUGCGCCUCCGCGUCAACGAACUGCACUGUCAUCUUCAGCGAAUGAAUCGUCCAAAAUUAUUUCCCCGUCAGGAAACCCAAAGAGAGCGCCACCCCCUCCAUGUCCAGCGGUACCUCCAGCACUCCCAACUUUCAGCUCACGCACAUCUGCGUCUCGAGCGUUGACUCCCCAUCAAGGGACUACCAUCUAUGUACAUGAACCUCAAGAUCAGCUCCAGAGAGUUCGACGCCGCGGUCUUGACAAACCUUUUCGAAUGACUAUCGUCGCAAAAUCAGAUCUUAAUCCUGUUCAGAGCCGAAAUGACCACGGAGAACAAGUCAAUAUAGCUAGUCUGGAUGAAGAACAAGAAGAUGCACGAAAUCAUGGAGAAUCUACGGUACCACCGCGAUCAAAUUUUAGAUUUUCUCGAUACGGGGAUCGCGAAGGAAGUGAAAAAUUACGUGAAUCAAUAGAAGAGAUGGCUAAAACGCCAUUGCGCAGCCGUUGUGCGAGUGGACAGUCAACGGGAGCACCGCCCAGUGAGAAAUUUGACAUUUAA